AUGAUUAACAUUGGGCUAGAGAGCAGAUUCUGGCAGUUAGAUAUGCAGCUAGCCGGGAAGCUGGCUGUGUCUGCCACAGCUCUGGUUCUACUUGGUUUGGCUUACAGAUUUUAUAAAUCCAGAAUACUCCAGAGAGGAGAAUCCCAUAAGCAAAAUGAGGACUUUGAAACAAGAGAAGAAGAUGCAGCUUUGUUUGUUCCAAAAUGGAAUCACUUAGGAGAUGAAUCUGCUGCAGUAAGGCUGAGAAAUGUUAACAACAACAUAAGGAGAAGUGUGGAUGGAGAUUCUGGUACCAGAUCCAAUGGUUCUGGAGUCCUGGAUACAACAGAACUUUCUAAAACAUCUGAAAACAACAAAAAUAAAGUAAGUGAAAGCAACAUUGAUGUAAGCUGUGAGCAGCAGCAUUAUUUUAAGAAUGCAGCCCUAGAAGAAUCUAAUGAAGUUCCUGACCUCCCACAAAGAUAUUGCCCAACCAUUAAAACUGUGCACCAUAACAACACAGAGGGCCCUGACUUUAAAGAGGAUAUCAGUGAUGGCAACUGGGUACCCAGUGGUUCCACUGUUGAGAUAAUUAGGCAUAGUCCUGAAGGGAAGGAAAUGAGUGAAGAUGGGGAUACAUUGAAAGAUAAAGGUUUUUUAAAAGAAGUUACCAAAAAUGUCUCUGCAAAUUCAUCCAUUGACUUUUCUAUAGAACAAAAUUCUAAGGAUAUGCAUGGACUGCACAGCUUUUCAUCUGUUACCGAGGUGCAAGUAGAGGAAAGCAUCAUUAAAGAUAAACUAGCAGAAGAUGCCAACACACCUCAGAAACAGACCCAUGGAUAUGUGAGAGGGAAGAUCUAUGACUAUCAUGUAGAAUCCACUUCUGAAUCAGUAACAACAAAUAGGAAUUAUAAAUAUGUCAAGCUUAAUUCAGAUUCCUCUCAGAGCAGUCUUACAGCAAAUAUGCAGCAAAUCACUGAGCAAGAAGAUAGGGUUAGUUUCACUGUUCAGUCUGAGGUCAGUGUUGAUGGUCCAAUGGACAUUAGCUUGAAGCAAGUAGAUCUAUCUCCCAGUACAAAAGAAGAAUCUCUUGAGGCCAGGCCUGAAGGUUCUGACUACAUUCCUAUGGUCACUGAAUCUUCAACCUGUAGACUGGAAAAUAGUGCAACUUGUACAAAUACGUUCCACAUGUCCAUAAAUUCAGGAUCAACAUUUGACAUACACCUUGAUGUGGGUAAUUGUUAUGAAGUGCUUUGUCUUGCUAAGAAGCAUAAGCUUGACAUCCUACAGACAGCUGCCUAUAAAAUCAUGAGUAAUGAUUACCUCCAAAUCCUGCAAAAUCCUUCAAUCUAUGGUCGUCUCAAUGCAACUGAGAGAGACUUGAUUCUUGACAAUAGAAUGAGAGGAAGGCGAGUUGUAGCCAUCGCUGACAUUGAUACACAACACUACUCGUCUUCACAAAACAAGAGUAGCCUCAGUUAUUAUGACAGUGACAAAGACCUGUGGCUCCAACUAAGUAACAUCCCAGGGGAAGCAGUUAGCAGGGGUUGUGCAAUGGCCACAAUGUUCAAUUAUCUUUUUGUCGCCUUAGGGUGUGAAGGUCCUGGAAGGGAGAUGAAACCAUCCAAACGUGUUUUCUGUUAUAAUCCAUUUUCUGACAACUGGAAGGAAAUCUGCCCACUUAAUGAAGCAAGGCCUCACUGCAAACUUGUGGCACUUGAUGGACAUCUGUAUGCCAUUGGUGGAGAAUGUCUUCAUACUGUGGAAUGCUAUGACCCUCGCCAUAACAAAUGGAGUUAUGUAGCCCCUCUUCCCAAUGACACAUUUGCUGUAGCCCACAUGGCAACUGCAUGUGAGGAUGGAAUUUACGUCACAGGUGGGACUAUUAGAUACAUGCUUUUAAGGUAUCAUGAAAAAGAUAAAAUGUGGAAGAGCAGCAUAAUAAGUGGAAGCAAAGAUCGAACCACAGAGAUGGUUGCAGUCAACAACUUUCUUUAUCGGUUUGAUCUUAACCGUAACACGGGUAUCAGUGUUCACCGAUGUAGUGUAAGAGCUAGAAUAUGGUACGAAUGUGCUAAUUACCCCAUGCCUUACCCUUCAUCUUUUCAGUGUGCAGUUAUUGACAAAAACAUCUACUGCAUCAGCAGAACCUUCCACCUCAGGUUCCUAGCAGAUGACAUCUCACCUAGGUUUAUGGAUGGAACCUUAACAAUUCCAUCUUCACCAAAAGGUGCUCUUUUUCCAUUUGUUCUUGUCAUUCCAGACAAAGAACCACAGAAAAUAUAUUAAUUCAGAUAUUAUGGAAUCUCACUAAAGAGAUUGGAACUCUGGCUGUAGACAAAUAUGUCUAUUAUCAUAUAUUUGUAAUGCUACAUAAUAUUCUACAGUGGGUACAUUAAAAAGAGGCAAGAAAUGGAUAUACACUGAGAAAGAAGUAUAUGAGCCCUGUUUCAAGACAGUUUACAAUUUAAGAGAUGAUUUCUAAGGGGAAAAAAUAUGAUGAAACAUGACUGCUAAAAUUAAUGAAUAUCUGUUCUUCAACAAAGAUGUUUCUCAGUUGAUAUUUAGCUACUUGUGGUCUUAUGCAUAUCCUGAAUUCCUAGCUUGUCUUAAGUCCUUGAGGAACCAUUAACUUUAAAAAAUAUAACAGUCUGAUCCACGCACAGGUUGUAUUCAGGUACAUGUCGUAAAACCAUAAGAAUGUGCUGUGCUAAUUAGUCUCAAUCUGUUUCUGCAAUUGUCUUGAAAAAUGGUUUGUUAUAGACUUUGCAGUCAAAUAACUUCCCUGCAUUUCAAAAAGGUAUUUUCUAUUUUUUUAAAGCUAAAAAUGGUAUAAUAUAUAUAUUCUGUAUUCAGAGAGACUGGAUGAAACCGAUAAAUCUUCACUAGCCUAGCAGGGAAAAAUUCAGAACUUCAGUGUAAUUGCUUUGCAUUACUACAGUAAUUCACAGAUAUGACUUUGUAACUGUUAAAUACAUGAUUUUUAUAUUUUAGGGAAAAAAACAUAAUUCAUAUCAGUGAUGUAAGUUAAUCCUUUCUAGAGUUCAACUGUUCUUAAAUUAUUCACAUAGUUGUCUUAAUGAGGAUGCUGGUGGCAUCACAUAGACUUUUUGUUUUUACAGCAUUGGUAACAUAAUUUCCUGCUACGAGUACAAAGCGCUCAUGUGCUUAUCAAUACUACACAUUGCAAAUACAAGGGGUAAAUUAUAUUCCAGUUGAACAUUUUAUCAUUUUUUUUAAAGCUGCAAAACAUUGCACAGAGAUUAAAAUCUAUGGGAUUUUUUUUGCAUAAAUUAUGAGAUAUAAAAAUCAAAUAAAAUCAAUAAACGUAUUUAUAAAAAUGCACUUAAUCUAGUAUUUAUAAUAUAUAAUAUAUUUAUAAUGCAGAAGAAUGUUACAUUAUUUUGUUAUUAUGAAGUAUUUGUGAAAAUGUGCGCUGUAUAAACCUAUUUCAUUUUAAAAUGACUGAAUGAGCAAGAUAAAAUAGUCAGUAAAUAUUUAGUUAAUGAAUGUUUAAUGAAUGUCGACUCCUUAAAAGGACAGUAUACACAAAAUUGUUUAAAAAGAUAGAUAACCUUUAUUACCCAUUCCCCAACAUUGUUAUAUUAUUAUACUUUAUAACCUUUACAAAUCUAAAUUUUGUCCUGUUUCUAAGUCUUUGCAGGACACCUCUUAUCUUAGGCAUUUUGUAUAGCUUUUCAUAACCAGACAGGGCUAGUUCAUGAGAUAUCCUUGUGCUUACUCCUGCUGAGUUAUUCACGAGUCAGCACUAAUUGUCUAAAAUACAAGUCUUUAAAUAACCCUGAUAUAAGAGUGGUCAUCUGCAGAGGCUUAGAUACAAGGUAACCAAAGAGGUAAAAAGUAUAUUAAUAUAACAGUGUUGGUUAUGCAGAAUUGGGCAAUGACUAAUAAAGGGAUUAUCUAUCUUUUUAAAAAAUAAACAUUUUGGAGUAGACUGUCCCUUUAAUAAAAUGUUGCAACCAGGAGUCUUGCAUCUAGUUUAGUUGUGAUUUGUACUGUUGUAAAGAAAAAAUCUAGUCAGGGGGGUUAGUUUGCCUGAAAAGAGGGUGUAUAAGCUAAAAGCUAAGAUUGUAUGUGUUUGUUUAAUUCUUUUCUAUUGUAAAUAAUAAUAAUAUUCUUCCUUUAUCCUUUUGCAAACUCCUACAUUUCAGACGGCAUCUGUCAAAACCUAAGUAACUUAAUAUAAUCCUGAUACAUAUAUUUAUAUAUUGGUGUACACACAUGAAUGAAUGUAUGUAUGCAUGAAUACUAAUGUAUUUACACCACUACAUAUAACUUGCUGAAUGCUAUUAUUAUAACCAGCAUAGUACUGGAUUUAUAGGAACGUCUCAGAAAAGCAUACAUUAGUUAAUCCCUUUCCCUAGUGCUGACCUUGCCCUUUUGAUUUAUGGUCCGACAUAGUAACACCUAUUGAAUAGAAUUUGCUGAUUUAAACUUUGCAAACAAAUGUUAUUUACUUAUAUUGUAACUAUAUUUGAAAACCCUUGCUUUUGUCAGCCUAGCCAAUCAUGAAAUGUAUUAGUCUAGAUAUGAAGAUCAGGAAUGCCCUGUCUCCUGUGUAUAAAUAUCUGUGUGGGGACUGACCCCCUCAGAGAAAACGUUGUAUUCUUACUCUCCAUACUGCAGUGUGUCUUUCAUUAAACAAACCCUCUCUAACUUGU